AUACAUAAAUCUUACAAACAUCCAUGGGUAUGUUUCACAGUUUUUAGUAAAAAGAAAAAAAAAUUCAUUGCCAAUGUUCAAAAAAUGAUAAAAACGAACAAUCCUAAACCCUUCAAAACUUUGUAGCAACUUUUCUUAAUCAAUCAAGGACUAAUAUAAUGAAUCUUCUAUAACUUUGACCUCAUAUUCGAAAACUGCUUCCUAAAAAGUCAGUAAGCAGUAAUUAGACAAAAACAAUAUUAUACCGCAUCCAUUUAACAUUAUCAUCCAGUAUUGAAUCAAUUUCCAUCAUAUCACAACAAGGUCAUAGAGGGUAUCUUGAAUAAUGCAUUACGUAAGCACCCAGCUCAUUCGAAUUUCCGAGUACGAUUUAAGUCGGACGUACUCAUUGUCUUUAAAAUAUUCGUCAUCGUUCAUAUAAAUUCCCAGCUAGUAUAAUAUUCCUGUAUUGUGUAAGCAGCUAUCAUUGGGAUAAGUCAGCAGUCGACUUACUGGAGAGAACAUUCUGCAGAAAGAGGCCAUGGAGUUCAAGCCUUUCGAUGUCAAAAGCUUAUGGAAAAGAGCGAAUCAGCCAAACUUUUCAAGCCUUGUUUGGGAAGAGUACUUUUUUAUUACCAAUAGACAAGAGCCACAUACCUGGAAAGCUUUUGCAAUCCUAGAAAAUAGUGAUAAGAACCGCAGCAACUACAUUCCAUGUUGGGAUAAAACUCGGGUGAAGUUAUCUCAGAAUGGGGUUCCAUCGAGUUACAUUCACGCCAACUAUGUGAAUGGAUUCAAAGACAAGAAGAAAUUUAUCUGUACCCAAGGACCCAUGGCUCAUACAGUUAAAGACUUUUGGAAAAUGGUGUGGAUUAAUAAUUGUCAUCUCAUAGUCGUGCUGAUAAAUACAACUUAUAAUGAUAAGGACAAUUACUAUCAGUACUGGAAUCUUCGAGAAAGUGGUCAAGUGCAAACCGGACGUUACAAAAUCAAAACAUUGAAAAUAAAUGAAUUUUCUACUUUUAUCAUGACAGUGUUAAAAUUAACUGAUGAGCGAACUGGAACAUCACGUAAUGUCUGCCAUUUUUUGUACACAAAAUGGCCGGAAAAUGACUUUCCUGACGUAAAAGAGUUUUACAUGUUUGUACUACAAGUGAACAAAGCACUUCUAAAAAUUAGACUGAUAGCAUCAUCUUCUCAUCAAACUCCACCGGGUCCUGUUGUCGUGCAUUGUAGUACAGGAAUUGGACGCACUGGAACUUUCUGCGCGAUAGACAAUGCUGUGAUAAAAUUAGUGGAAACUGAACAAGUGUCUUUACCUCAAAUUGUAACAGAGAUCCGGCAGCAAAGACACUCAAGCGUUAUUAUUCCCGAGCAAUAUUUUUUUUGCUAUCGUGUGCUGAUACAUUUGGUAUCAAUAAUGGUUAAGAAAGAAGUUGUGCCAAAAUAGAAACCAC